GUUCCUUCAGGAGGUUGGUUAUGCAGAUGCUGUCCUCAGUGUACGUGAAGCACGUGUACGCCAAUUGUUGCUAUCGGCUGCAGGAUGGCCUAAUGAACCUGAUUCUUCUCUCACUGCCACGGAUCCAAAAAAUAAACACUAUCUUUGGGAAUCUGAUAAGCUCAAAUCAAAACUCAAUGAUAAUGCUAAAUUUUUAUCAACGAAUAAUCGUUCUACUUCACUUCGUUUUAAGUGCGUAAUAACCGGCUCAACUUUAGUCUCAAGAACAACCUCAGCAAUAUGUUCAAAUUGCGAUAGGAUUCAUGGACAACUGUUAUACUUCCUUACACAUAAUAGUAGUGUGAUAUAG